AGCCGUCCUAGGGUCAGAUUGGCUGAGACCCCAAGUCAGCAGAACAGGAGCCCAUCGCUUGUUCCCACAAUUAGCAGGACGUGGCUUGUUGACCAGCUGAAGAACUGUUUCUCCAGGCAAACGGCCAAGAACCUGUGGCCUCCGGUGAGAGCUACGGUUGCCUGGUAACCAGCACGCGGUGCUAGGCGCCGCAAGAUGGUCAAGGAUUUUCCGUCUGGCACUCGAGCGGAGAUUGUUUGUUAUCUGAAAACAGUGUGCCGAACAUCAAAGAGAUCUCUUGUAGAAGGCCAUGCUUUUUGCUUUGAGUGGAAAAGCAGUUAAGGUGUUGUUGGCCGUGGGAAGUCAGAUUUAUAAAUAGAAGUUUGAUCUGCACUUGAGAAUGCCUCCUGGAACAUUCAGGUUAUAAGAUCUAUGCUUGAUGCUCUUGCCAGUCAAAGGAGAAGAUUCUGUGACUCUAUCUGGUCAGCUUUGAUACCUGAAAAGCCAGUGCUUCCUCUAGGACAGUGGAGGUGAAACACACACAAAGGUCAUCACUGAGUGGAAAGUGGAUUUUGAAGAUGAAACUGUCUUCUGGAAAUGAUUCCUUAGUGACUGAAUUCAUUCUUGCUGGAUUAACAGAUCGUCCAGAGCUCCAACAACCCCUCUUUUACCUGUUCCUAAUGAUCUACGUCGUCACAAUGGUGGGCAACCUUGGCUUGAUCACUCUUAUUGGUCUAAAUUCUCACCUCCACACCCCCAUGUACUAUUUCCUCUUCAACCUCUCUUUCAUUGAUCUCUGUUAUUCUUCUGUUUUCACUCCCAAAAUGCUGAUGAACUUUGUAUCAAAGAAGAAUAUUAUCUCCUAUGUUGGGUGCAUGACUCAGCUAUUUUUCUUUCUCUUUUUUGUCAUCUCUGAAUGCUACAUGUUGACCUCAAUGGCCUAUGACCGCUAUGUGGCCAUCUGUAAUCCAUUGCUAUAUAAGGUCACUAUGUCCCAUCAGGUCUGUUCUGUGCUAACUUUUGCAGCUUAUACAAUGGGAUUUGCUGGAGCCACUGCCCACACAGGGUGCAUGCUUAGACUGACCUUCUGCAGUGCUAAUGUCAUCAACCACUACCUGUGUGACAUACUCCCCCUCCUCCAACUGUCUUGCACCAGCACCUAUGUCAAUGAGGUAGUAGUGCUCAUUGUUGUGGGUAUUAAUAUCACAGUUCCCAGUUUUACCAUCCUAAUUUCUUACAUUUUUAUCCUCACCAGCAUUCUUCAUAUCAAAUCCACUCAAGGAAGAUCAAAAGCCUUCAGUACUUGUAGCUCUCACAUCAUUGCUCUUUCUCUCUUUUUUGGGUCAGCAGCAUUCAUGUAUCUUAAAUAUUCUUCUCCUGGAUCUAUGGACCAGGGAAAAGUUUCUUCUGUUUUCUAUACUAAUGUGGGGCCAAUGCUCAACCCCCUCAUCUAUAGUUUGAGGAAUAAGGAUGUCAAAAGUGCACUGAGGAAACUCCUGAUUAAAAUUCAUAGAAGACACAUAUUCUAA